AUGCUGCAUCCUGGAUGCAUCCAAAUCAUGAUCAGCCAGAAAGGUUCUUCUGUAGCUGCUCGUUUUCAAUCAGUCAAGAUUUGGGUCAAGCGAUUUCAUGGACCAUUCACGAUCGCCGAAAGCUUCGUCGCUGACGGCCGUCUUAGAGCCUUACUUACAUCUCGCCUGACUGUCCUUCCCAUCACAAAGGCAAUCCAGCGAACUAUGGUUCAAGGUCGAAACUACGGACCACAAAUUACCGUCAAGCGUCUUUCCACCAAGGGUAAAAAACGCCAGACAAUCUUCGAGCAAAUCGCCGCACAAAUCGAACCUGUUGAUGGCGCUGAGCUUCGGCUGCCUUCUCGAGCUUGGAAAGUGCGUCUCGUUGAGAUCUGCGAGGAACUCGAACGGGGAGCUCAUGGUCUCUCGUUGCUUAUUCGAACACCGAAUAACAAAGGCGAUGUCGGAUCUUACCGAGACUGUUUCAUGUUCAAUCCACAAGCGAACUCGCACCUCCAACUCUGUCAACUGCGCUUCAUCGGAAUCAUGUUCGGCGUCGCAAUCAGAACCAAGAAACCCCUUGACAUUCACCUCGCCCCAGCAAUUUGGCGGCAACUGGCAGGCGAAGAACCGAACGCUUCAAAAUUGGACGAAAUCGACGGCUACAUCCUUACCACGCUCAAGUGCAUCGACGAAAUCGACAAGCACGAGGUCGACGCGGAGAAUUUCAAUGUGAUUAUUCCCCUCGACUCAUGGGAAGUGCAAUCUGCAUCCGGCCAGUUCGUCCCUGUCGUGCCUGGAGGACGGCAAAUCAAGCUCGACUUCGACAAUCGGAGGGAAUACGUUCAUCAUGCGCUAGAGACAAGACUUGAGGAGUGCAAUGUCCAAAUUCAAGCUGUCAGAGAGGGAAUGUCCCGCCUUAUUCCAGGCCCUCUUUUGUCCGUCCUUACCGGCGCAAAAUUGGAGGAGAUGGUCUGCGGUUCCCCUCAUGUCUCCGUCUCCGCUUUGAAGCAAAUCUCCCGAUACAGAGACAUGGACGAGCACGAUCAAGUCAUCAAGUGGCUAUGGGAAGUUUUGUCAGAGUUUGAUGACUCUCAGCGAGUCCUGUUCUUGAAAUUCGUUUCUGGCAGAUCUCGUCUUCCUGUAAAAGCAACGGACCUCACCCAACGAUUCCAAAUCAUGAAAGUGGACAAAGAUCCAAACUCGUUGCCUACCGCGCAAACUUGCUUCUUCCAGCUCCGUUUGCCACCCUAUCGAUCCAAAGAAACCCUCCGAGAUCGACUGAUUUAUGCAAUCCAGCAUUGCAGAGCAAUUGAUAUGGAUAAUUAUAUGUUAACAAGAGGCGCUGAAGACGAAACUGGAAUGGAGAAUAUCUUCUAA